AAACUGGGAACAAUAACAGUACAAAUGUACAAGGGGUUGCAUGUAAAUAAAAAAGAGUAAAAAGUACAAACCUUUCUCUUUUGUUGGUUUUAAACUGAGAAGGCAAAACCAAAUACGAAAAGGCUGUACUGUUUAUCAUUCAUAUCCCAUAUCCAAAACCACUGAUUCAGUGUGCUAAGUAAAAAAGACCCUUCGUUUCUCUCUGUCUCUACCACUUGGAGAUUAAAGCUAAGAGAAAGGGCUCAGGGCUCGAAUUGAGGUGGUCUUAAAUAUGAGUUCUCGGAGUGAUAGGGUAGUUACUAGAAGCUCAAGGAGGAGGUCACCACAGGUGAACAAUGUGAAUGGGACACAACAAAGUGAACAACCAAGAACUGGGCAACAACCUCCAAUUGUGUCUGGUCCACCGACAAUCGAUGUUGAUGCUAUUGAAGAUGACGAUGAUGAUGUUGUUGAAUCAACUGCUUCUGCUUUUGAUCGAGCUAAAAGACACAAGUCCGGAGGCUCACAGCGAGGACCCUUGUUGGUUGAUGUAGAGUCAGGUGGUACCACUAGACUAAGCAAGAACCGGACAAAGCGUCAAUCUGAUCAAGCUAAUGUUGAGCUUAACAAUCCGAGAAAGUCUAAGACCGUAGCUCCUCCUGUCGAGGAACCAAAGUUUAACUGCCCAAUUUGUCUGUGUCCAUUUACCGAAGAGGUGUCAACAAAGUGUGGUCACAUUUUCUGCAAAAAAUGCAUAAAGCUCGCUGUAUCUGUUCAAGCUAAAUGCCCUACGUGUAGAAAAAGAGUCCUUGCUAAAGACCUCAUUCGAGUCUUCCUUCCAACCACCAGAUGAAUGAUGAUACACAAGAACAUCACUAGGUUUAAAAUGGUCCUACCCUUGAGAAGAUUGGUGUGGGGGAACAGCGCAAGACAUGUUUGUUCAUGAGUUAAUUAUCCUUUGUAAUGUGAAUAUCGUUCUGCUUAGUGAGAGAAACGUUUAGGAACCAAUGAAGACAUCUUUUUGAUGUGUGUAUUAUCAUCAGUGAGCGACUCUUUAUUGUUGAAAUACAUGGUUGAAUGAAUCUUAAGAAAACAUUCUACAUA